AAAUAUUUUAUUUGGAGGGUUCAAUUUUCUUGUGAUUUUAUCAAAGCGAUCUGGAGGUUUCAGUUAUUAAUUAUUCAAUUUUCUUUACCUAAUCCUGUGGCUUGGGGCAAGCCAGCUACCUUCACCAUCUCAGCUUCUACUGGUCAAGCAAUAUCUGGAGGCAAAGCGGGGAUUGAUGUUUCCUACUUUGGGGUACAUGUCCAUCAAGAAACUCAUCCUCUUUGUGAGGAAACAACCUGUCCUAUUUCUGUUGGGAACUUUGUACUCUCUCACAAUCAAGUUUUACCUGGAUUUACUCCACCAGGUUCCUACACGCUUAAGAUGACAAUAUCAGGCGAUGGAAUCCCACAGUUAACCUGCAUUUCCUUUGAUUUCAAAAUCGGUUUCGGUACUUCGGGAUCUUCGGUUUCCGAUAUCUAAGCUACCAAGUUCACAUGUGUGGAUGACUGUCACCGUACAAUGUAGUGGGAUGUUUGCUUAUUUUGAUAUGGACAGAUCUCAACUUCUAAAACCUUUGUACUAAUA